AUGAGGCUCACGGCCGAGCUCAUCCACAACUCCCUCUCCUACCUAAACCCAUUGAAGGAACGAGAACUUGACCUCCGAGGCCAUAAAAUCCCUACCAUCGAGAAUCUGGGUGUCGCAGGCUCGCAAGAUGCCAUCGAUUUCACUGACAACGACAUUACCACCCUCACAAACUUCCCUCUGUCCCCCAGAUUAAACACGCUGCUGUGCGCGCGGAAUCGAAUACAAAAUGUGGACAAGAGAAUAGCGGAACAGCUGCCGAACCUCACGACCCUGGUCUUGACGAACAACCAUGUCAGAGAGUUGGCCGAUCUGGAGGGUCUGAGUGGCUGCGGAGCGUUAACUCAUUUGAGUCUACUGGAAAAUCCGGUAACAAAGAAGGAGCAUUACAGACUCUACCUGAUAUGGUCGAUACCAUCACUCCGUUUCCUCGAUUUCCAGAAAGUGAAGGACGUGGAAAAAAAGCAGACCCAAGAAUUGUUUGGUACAGCGGAAGAACCCACGGAGUUGGCGGCGAAGAUCAAGGGAGUGAAGAGCCGGACAUUCGACGUUUCGUCGGUCGGUGCUAAUGGCGAGACUGCCCGUUCCCAGAAGGGCGUCCGGACGAAGUUGACCGAGUCGGAAAAGAGGAGGGUGGAACGUAUGAUUCAGAACGCCAAGAGCUUCCAGGAGAUUGAAAGAAUCGAAAAGGACCUGGCUGAGGGGAGGAUACCUGCUGGUGCAGCUGAUGCUGACAGGAUGGUCUCAUAG